AUGUGUGCCGGACGGGCCGGCAUACUGGCGCUCGUGCUGCUAAUAGCAGCAUCGCCAUCAGCUGAGGCCUCUAUUAGGACGAUAAAAGCUGCUUUGAAGCCUAAGAGUUCAACACAAGAAGCAACGGCAACUAUCACCUCGAGUCCCGUCUUCAAAACAGGCACUAAUGGGUGCCCUAUCAAUUCGUAUGACUACUGCAACUAUACUAGCGGCGGAAAGACAACAAGAUGUCCCAGUUGCGCCGCUUGCAAGACCAUUGAUGGCUUUGGCGAAAACGUGCAAGCCUGCCGGCUGCCUUACAAGCUGAACGGCAUCGUGCUGGACAGCGACAUCUGCCCCAACAGCAUUUUGUCAACGCCCGUCUACGCGAAUAGCGACUCGUCUUCGGAACGCGCCAUCGGCACCCUCAUUACGUACCGCACCGCCGCUGGAUGGCUGGUUUCUACUGUACGACUGGAUUGCCCCUGGUUGAUGUGGUUUUCGUACAACGGCAAGAUGCCCUCAACGUCUGUGGCUCCGGUGCAAACGGUCCUAAGCAGCAGCAGCGCCAUGACCCGCAGGCGGCGCCUUACGGCCAACACUGACACCACCACCACGAUUUGCCCUUCACUUACGACUGACGGUAGUAUCUUGUACGGCAACGGCAACGGGCAAUACCAGAACGGCCGGCCGGACACACGCAGCACGCUGAGCUUGACUUACACGGGCUCCAAGGGCACCGUUGUGGAGCAGAUUCCGAUGUACAGAUAUCAGAACAAUGGCGACGGCUCCAACAACAAUGAGGAUAAUGGCGGAGACGGUUGGUACAGUUGCUACACGUUCAUGCACCAGAUGAAGAACAUUGCAACAACCUGCGAGAAGGUCAAGAACUCGCUCCUCUCACUGACACUGCCGCUGGUAUUCAAGCCUUCGCUCACGCCGUCACCGUCGCCAUCGGUUGAGCCGACGCCCGCACCCUCACCCGAUCCGCUGCCCAUCCCCGCUUCCCCGUCUAUGCCCCCGCUGAACCCAUACCCCCGGACGAACGUCACGGAUGCGGACGGCAAGGGCAGAUGCUACCCGCAGUACGACUUGGACGGCAAUGUCAUCAACGUUAUGUGCAUCUACAUUGAAAUCCCGCCCGACAGCGCCGUACAGAUCGGCCCCAAUGGCGAGCUCAUUACCAGCAGCGGCGUCAACAACACGGAGCAGAUUGCCAAGGAAGAGCACAAGGACGGAAGCCUCAAGGAGCCUCCUCAGUCCCCGGACCCGAGUCCCGUGCCCUCGCCCAGCCCCUCUCCAUUGCAGCCGCCUAGCCCCAGUUUGGCGCCCAGCCUUGCCCCGUCCCCAUCGGUCCCUCCUACGAUGCCCCCCAUCUUGUCGCCCCUGGACAAGCGAGCGAAGGACCGGCCGGUUAUCGUGUUUGAUACGGGCGAGGACGACCCUAUACGGAACUUCGAGAACCCGCCGGUUGUGCCCGACACGAUUGGUUCGUCCUUCGGAGUUGACUCGCCCGCUUUGGAAGGCCCAGGCACGUACACGCACAACACCUCUACGGGCUCCAGUACUGCACUGGGAUCUGAGGGCGGCCUCAUAGAGGGCGGUACCGCCAAGGAUUUGCCUAUUGAGCUGGUAGCUGGUAAGGACAACGGCGGUAUAGGCUUCAUCGAGCCACCAAUCGAGCCUGCUGCGUCAUCACCAUCGCCAUCGCCGUCGGCUGCGCCUUCGCCCACGCCUUCGCCAUCACCGUCGGCUGAGCCUUCCCCGCCUUCGCCAUCACCGUCGGCUGAGCCUUCACCCACACCAUCGCCAUCACCGUCGGCUGAGCCUUCACCCACACCAUCGCCAUCACCGUCGGCUGAGCCUUCACCCACGCCUUCGCCAUCACCGUCGGCUGAGCCUUCGCCCACGCCAUCGCCAUCACCGUCGGCUGAGCCUUCGCCCACGCCUUCGCCAUCACCGUCGGCUGAGCCUUCCCCCACACCAUCGCCAUCACCGUCGGCUGAGCCUUCGCCCACACCAUCGCCAUCGCCGUCGGCUGAGCCUUCACCCACGCCUUCGCCAUCACCGUCGGCUGAGCCUUCGCCCACACCUUCGCCAUCACCGUCGGCUGAGCCUUCGCCCACGCCUUCGCCAUCACCGUCGGCUGAGCCUUCACCCACGCCUUCGCCAUCACCGUCGGCUGAGCCUUCGCCCACACCAUCGCCAUCACCGUCGGCUGAGCCUUCGCCCACGCCUUCGCCAUCACCGUCGGCUGAGCCUUCGCCCACGCCUUCGCCAUCACCGUCGGCUGAGCCUUCACCCACGCCUUCGCCAUCACCGUCGGCUGAGCCUUCGCCCACGCCAUCGCCAUCGCCGUCGGCUGAGCCUUCACCCACGCCUUCGCCAUCACCGUCGGCUGAGCCUUCGCCCACGCCAUCGCCAUCGCCGUCGGCUGAGCCUUCCCCCACACCAUCGCCAUCACCGUCGGCUGAGCCUUCACCCACACCAUCGCCAUCACCGUCGGCUGAGCCUUCACCCACACCAUCGCCAUCACCGUCGGCUGAGCCUUCACCCACACCAUCGCCAUCACCGUCGGCUGAGCCCUCGCCAUCUCCUUCACCCUCGCCAUCUCCUUCGCCCUCGCCAUCUGCUUCGCCCUCGCCAUCUCCUUCGCCCUCGCCAUCUCCUUCGCCCUCGCCAUCUCCUUCGCCCUCGCCAUCUCCUUCACCCUCGCCAUCUCCUUCGCCCUCGCCAUCUCCUUCGCCCUCGCCAUCUCCUUCACCCUCGCCAUCUCCUUCGCCUUCGCCAUCUCCUUCGCCCUCGCCAUCUCCUUCGCCUUCGCCAUCUCCUUCGCCUUCGCCAUCUCCUUCGCCCUCGCCCUCGCCUUCGCCUUCGCCAUCUCCUUCACCCUCGCCAUCUCCUUCACCCUCGCCAUCUCCUUCGCCUUCGCCAUCUCCUUCGCCCUCGCCCUCGCCCUCGCCGUCGCCCUCGCCCUCGCCUUCGCCAUCUCCUUCGCCUUCGCCCUCGCCCUCGCCUUCGCCUACUCCGAGUCUCUGCACCUGCCCUCCUCUUGCCAACUCCGCCGACCGGUGCACCGGUACCAAUGCUGGCCGUGUCCCACUUCAGUGGUUUUCGCGCCGCACCAAUGCCCCAGUCGCGACGCAGUGCAUCGACCCUCCCACGGUCGACUCGCAUACUGGCGCGCUAGUCCUGGCCAUUUGUUUCCGCCGUGCCUGCGUCGGCGCCGUGGACAGCGACGACAUCGACCUCACGGUCGCCAACGUCAGCCUACCUGCGCCCUUCCAGCAGUCCUCUGUCGGUGUGGCCUUGACGCUCCUGCGGCCGUCUUGCGCUGUGGAAGCCUGGGCGGAAGGCUAUCCGGUGCUCGCGGACAAGUACAACUCCCUGUUGUUCAACGAGGCAGAUACCGUCACGACUCCUGGCGGCGGCUUGGCCGCUUUUACGGCUCAUUUGAUGGCGACGCCGUACUGUGACGACCGCAGCGCCGUGUUUAUGCUCAAUGUUAUGCCGUUGCAGCUUACAGAUACGGUAUACAAUAUGUGUCCCAAGCACGCUAUUCCGGACAAGAGCAAUGGCAAUGCGGAUUGCCCUGCUGGCAAGGUGAUGGUGUAUCUGGACAUUACAGACAGCAACUGGAGGAAGGAUAUGAGCUUCUCGACGGUCAAGCAGUGCGUAGACCCGGCCAACUACGACAUGUUUGGCGGCGAGAUGGCCAUUAGUUACUGCUGGUCGUUCGGCCAGAUGCCCGAUCCCUUCGCAAUCCGGCCGUUCCGGAUCCGCAUGCCGAAUGUGACGUACUACAAUAUCCAGCGCAUGCCCGGAGGCAGCUGGGAAACAAAGGUCAACCAGCCUAUCAACCGUGGCGUUACCGUUACACUCACUGUGAACCCUGUCAGUGGAAAGCCGAUUGAGAUUUCCGAGUCGGGAACCUACACCUUGCCCUCGACUGGCAUAUAUUCCGUGGAUUUGGAAAUUUUGGUGCCGGUGGCCUUGGACGACCAAUCGGUUUCUGUACAGAUGUUUGGGCCCCCCAAUCCGCCGCCGCCAAGCGAGCUGUGUCCCUGCCCGAAGCCCCUGCCUGCUGGCGGCGUGUGUCCCGGCACCACGGUCCUGAUGACAGCCUCUCUGGUCGCGGAUCCCAAUGUCACGCAGAGCGGUUGUGUGCCAUCACCCUAUUGGGAUGGCGCCAAGGGUGAGCUCAUGUUUUCGCACUGCUGGCGGUACCUUUGCCUGGAUUCUAGGUUCCAGAAGCAGGAUUACUUCUUGGACUUAGAGUUUACGGAGAAGUACAACGUGGCAGAUGUCCCUGCCGGUCAACAUCGUCUGGACUGGUUCAAGCCCAAGGUCGUGGAUAUGUUUUUGAAAUUUAAAUACAACGACCAAGUUAACCCAGAUGAUUAUGCGCAGUACUCCUCGCGCAACGGUCAGUCACAGAUCAUUACUAUUCCGCCAGGCGGUAUUCGUCAGAUGGGUGUACGGUUUAAGAUUCCGUACAUUAUGAUUUACGACACAAACUCGGGAUCAGUGAACCUCAACACGGACGUGAGUCGCUUGCUGCCGCCUCCGCCGCCUCCGCUGGCCAUUACAAACUACUCGUACACUGUCAACCGAACUGGCACCGUGCUAAAGUCGCAAAUCUUUGUGAGCGACCUGGUCAACGUCAGUCACCUGGACCUCAGCUCCAUGACUAACUUCAGUUCGGACAUUCAAGGCAAUCUGGAGUCCUACAUUAUGACUUCUGACGUCACCUUCCCGGACUAUGGCCUCGUCAAGAGUUGCACGCCCUCGGACAUCCAGACGGUCCUAAACUUGGUGGCUGCCAAGUACGGCGUCAGCGCCGAUUCUCUUUCGGCUUCGUGCCAGUACAAUUACGUAAAGCCGGGAUCCACGACAUCGGCAAGCGCGCGCCGUCGCGGCCUGCUGCAAUCGACCGCCGACACGAAUGGCACCAAGGUUUGCAAACCGCGUAUCUCUUUGACAAUAACGCUACCGCUGAAUGCGCCACUAAACGGUGACCUGACGGGGGCUCUGGCUGCUGCCACUACUGCGGCGAAUGCGGUGUACACUGCCGUGGGCGACUCGGCAUGCUACGUGCCCACUGGCGCGGAGAGCACCAUUGGCACCGUGGUAUCGUUUACGACGAACAACGCCAAGGCCACGUGCGAGUACUUGCUGCAGGCUUUUGCUAGCAGCAACAACCUGACUUCGGACAUCGUGCGCACAUUCCGAUGCGAAGACUACGAUCCAAAGAAGCCGUACGCAAUUGGACUAAUCAUACUCUGGUCGGUGAUCGGCAGCGUCGGCAUCAUCAUUCUCGUUCUCGGUACCGUCAUUAUUGUGACGUGGCGGCGACGCAAGACCCGGAACCUGUUGCUCAUUGACGCGCACGGCUCGGAUGUGUUUAGGCGGCCUCGCUCGCCGACCAACAAGGUUGUGCCUGACGAUGCGUACUACAAGCAAUAUGCUUUGGGCGAGGGUAUGGACCGACCCAAUACGCCAACACGGCGCAUCUUUCCGCUUUCCGGUUCGCGGCCUUCCUCUGGUGGCGCCGUGCCGAUGGUGGGUGUGGCGAACCGACCACGGAUCUCAGCCUGGCGCGACUUAGAGGCGUAGUAAUGGUGGUUGAGGCACUGUAGAAGAGUUGCUUGGUUGUCUAAUAGAGCACACAGUUGGAGAUGUUUGAGAUUUCAGAUGCGCGCUGCGGGGUUGUCCGUUUUACGUUUUGUUCGUUGUUUCUGUUUUGAGUGACGCCGAUGAUUAUUCUCCCUUUAUCUUCCUGAUUGGCAAGAUGGAGAGCGCUUGGUAAGUGAAUACCUUUGGUUCGCGUGGAUAUCAGCCCAGCCAGGUGUUGCAGCAACAUCCGUUGGCCACCGUUGGCAGCAGCAGUAACAGGGGGUGAGUGGAGCCGUAGCAGGAGCGGUACCGCGAUUCGAUAGUACCUAGCAACCAGCACAUGUUUUUGGUGUAUUCGUGGUCUCGUCCCAUUGGCGUACAGUUUGGCGAUUUGGAUGAGCGGGUAUUAUUUCCAGUCUUGGCAACUAAAUUGCCAAAUUUACAGCAGGAGCCCCUGUAGCAGGCAACAAUUUCCUGCGAAUAAAAUAAUAAUGCCCUAAUUGUUCAUAUUUUCGUAACAUUUUUUUAAAAAGAUAUAUUGCAUCGUCGCGCUGCCUGCCAGCUAAUGGAGAUGGCUUCAAGUAACAUGUUUG